GUACCUUAACCUUCAAUAAUUUCCCCCCAACAACCUAUCUCACUGUCCACCAUACAUAGACCCGUUUCACAUUCGGGUUUUUUUUUUCCGAGCCAAGUUUUUCAAUUAGAACUCGAUGCCGUCUGAUAACCUGCCACACGCUGUCGAUGCAGAAAGCCCUCUCAAGGAAGCAGAGCUCCAGGUUCUUCGUAACCAGUUCGAGAAAGAGGGACAGUUUGUUGGCGUCCAGACUAAGUUCAACUACGCAUGGGGUUUGAUCAAGAGCGAGAAGCGGUUGGAGCAGCAGAUGGGGGUUAGGUUAUUGACUGAUAUCUUCCGCGACCAUAACGAGCGCCGCCGUGAAUGCCUUUACUACCUUGCUCUCGGAAACUAUAAACUUGGGAAUUACGCCGAGGCUAGGAGGUACAAUGACAGAUUGCUAGAGAACGAACCGGCGAAUUUGCAGUCGCAGAGUUUGAGGGGGUUGAUUGAUGAUAAGGUUGCUAAGGAGGGUAUGCUCGGCGUAGCCAUCGUCGGCGGUGUAGCGUUAGCAGCAGGACUUGUCGGCUCCGCGCUCUGGAGAGGUAUGUCUAGAAAGCGGUGAGCAGUGGUGGAAGUGACACUUGCUGCGCACAUUUGACUCUGUGAAGGCGCUUGAAAAGGGGUGAAUGAUACGAGGGAAACGAUUGCCAUGUAUUGAUGCCCCGUUUCCUAUGAUCAACGUAUUGUGGAAGGGGGAGGAGGGUGUUGACUAAACUUGGGGUGAGAUUAUGCAUAGUGUGGUGGGGUUUCCAGAAAGCCGUGUAGCAGCUGUGAUAGGUUCUCUGCACAGUCUUUGAUAUCUCUUUUGUGUCCCUUUACUUUACUUUUUGCCCGUUUUUUACUUCACUUCAAAGGCACUUUUUCUUUUAUUGGGGUUUGAUUUGGCAGGAUGACGGGGUUAGCUCCCGUAUAUCAUGGGUAUUAGAUUUUUCUUCCUUCCUUUUCUUCUUCAAUACUCGGCUUCCGUGCUCAUAGUAAAGAGUGUCAGUACUAUCA